AGAAACUAACAUGGUUUCUCUCUCUACACAUAUAUUUCUCUCUCUUCCCACUAUGUGUAGUGGAACCUCAACUAAACUCGUAGAAAUAUUGGAUAACACCACCAUGCAUUUCCACAAACUUUUCAUUCAUUCUCUCUCCGCGUAUUCGUUAUUCCAAUAAUACCCUUUUUAUCAUUCGUCGGCAGUUUAUUUUGUUGUCUUCCUAGGAACAAAGCUACAAAUAAACAACACCAUAGAAAGAAAAAAAAACAUGUUCAAAGGGACCCUAUUUUUUUCAACCUUUGCAAAGUGUCAAGCCACACUUGUUUUGUUUGUAUUUUAUGUGAAAACAACAAUAACAAAAGGAGGUGCUUGUAGUUGUUGUUUGUUGUUGGUGGGUGCGUAGGAUAAGCUUCAAAAUUGGGUUAACGUUAAGGGAGAAUAGAAACAAGAAAUGACAAGGUUUUUAAGAUUAUUGUGCUUUUAUUAAGAUAAUAGUAAUAACAACCCAUUUAGUUGUAUAGGUUACAUUAAAAAUAUAAAUGGUUUUUUUUGUGACCCUUUAGCUUCAUUAAUCUUUGUAUUAAUUUGGGUUGAAUACCCAUUUGAGAAUUCUCAUAAAGUUGCUUAAAGUUGCAUGCUUUUGCAAUUGGGGAAGCUUUCAUGGAGGUCAAUUUUGGAUUUUGUUUGUUCUUGUUGGUUUUGUUGGCUCCUUUGACUUGUGCUGGCAGAGCCGCCAUGAGCACCACCGCCGGUGGCGGUGGUGGUGGUGAUGGUGGUGGUGAUGGUUCAAUUCAGAAGCUUGAAGUUCAGAAGCACUUGAAGAAUUUGAACAGGCCACCGGUUAAGUCCAUCAAGAGUCCUGAUGGAGAUAUUAUUGAUUGUGUUCAUGUUUCACAUCAACCAGCUUUUGAUCAUCCUGACCUCAAAAGUCACAAGAUUCAGAUGAGGCCGAAUUUCCAUCCGGAAGGGAACAAUUUUGGAGAAAGCAAAGUCUCUUCAAAUUCAAAGCCUAUAACUCAACUUUGGCACAAAAGUGGGAGGUGUUCCGAAGGAACAAUUCCUAUAAGAAGGACCAAAAAGGAUGACAUAUUACGGGCUAGUUCUGUCCAAAAUUUUGGAAAGAAGAAGCACAAAAGUACCCCUCAGCCGAAACCAGCAAAGCCGCUACCCGACCUCUUCACUCAGAGCGGUCACCAGCAUGCCAUAGCAUAUGUGGAAGGGGGAAAUUUCUAUGGAGCGAAGGCAACCAUCAACGUUUGGGACCCGAAAAUUCAACAACCUAAUGAAUUCAGCCUGUCUCAAAUUUGGAUUUUGGCCGGCUCUUUCAAUCAAGAUCUCAACAGCAUUGAAGCAGGCUGGCAGGUCAGCCCUGAUUUGUAUGGUGACAAUAACACUAGACUCUUCACUUAUUGGACAAGUGAUGCAUAUCAAGCAACUGGUUGUUAUAAUCUUCUUUGCUCUGGAUUUAUUCAAAUUAACAAUGAUAUAGCCCUUGGUGCAAGUAUAUCCCCACUUUCUAACUAUGGUUCUUCCCAAUAUGAUAUAAGUCUCCUUGUGUGGAAGGACCCAAAAGAGGGAAACUGGUGGAUGCAAUUUGGGAAUGACCAUGUUCUUGGAUACUGGCCAGCUCCUUUAUUCUCUUACCUAACUGAGAGUGCUUCCAUGAUUGAAUGGGGAGGUGAAGUAGUGAACUCUGAGUCUGAUGGACAACACACCUCAACACAAAUGGGAAGUGGACAUUUCCCCGAUGAAGGUUUCGGCAAAGCUAGUUAUUUCAAGAACAUUCAAGUUGUUGAUGGCGACAACAAGUUAAGAGCUCCAAAAGAUCUUGGAACUUACACUGAAAAAGAAAACUGCUAUAAUGUCAAAACCGGUAAUGCCGGGGAUUGGGGUACCUACUUCUAUUAUGGUGGUCCAGGUCGAAAUCCUAAUUGCCAGUGAUCUUUUAUGUUAAAAUCAUGGUUUUAAAUUGCGGUCAGGUUUCUGCUACUAUACAAAUUUUUAUACUCCGCAAAAAUGCAUGUGGUUUUAAUAGAGUUGCGGAAACCUGAUAAUUUUUUAUAUUACUAUUUUUAAUUUUAUAUUUCGACCGCAAUUUAAAACCAUGUUUAACCUGGUGUUGUUUUGAAUUGGUCAGUGUAGCUAGUAACUUGUGGUAUCCUUAGAUGAUAUUGGUGUAGAAGGUCAAAAAUCUCAUUUGAGGUCUCCAAAAAUUGUUGGAGAAAAGGGGUGAUGGGUUUGUUAGAUUGACAAGAAAAAUGUUUGUUCAUUGUUUUCCAUGUUUAUAUAAAUAUGUAUAUUGUCUGCUCCUUUCUCUGGAGCUGUGAAUGUGAAAAGAAUAUUCUCUAAUAAGAGCAUUAAUUUAUGA